AUGGUGCUCGAAAUGGAGUGGGCUAUCUAUGAAGGCGACAUAGAGCGUGUCAAAUUGCUGGCCAAGGACAAGACAGCGAGGGAGGAGCUUGUCGCUGAUAGAGACGAAAUGGAUCAUUGGAUGCCACCGCUUCCACUGGCGAUUUUAUGGGGCAAGAUAGAAACUGUCAGAAUUCUGCUCGAGGCUGGUGCUGAUCUAGCUGCAACCGACGAAACCGGCAAAGGCACGGCGAUGGAAACGGCGGAAGAGGUUACAGACGUCGACAUUGAGAGGCAGAUGACUACUAUACGAAUGCUCCUGGAUGCAGGCGCAGCACUUAAUGAGCGGAACAGCAAACACGCCAUGCGUGAUUUCGUGAAACUUCGGGCCCCGUUACUCCAGGUCCUGCAGUACGAGAAGUUAGGCGCCUCAGUAAAGCUAUUGCUUGAAAGGGGGGCUGAUCCCAAUAUUAAGGAUGCGGCAUCUGGCGUCCCCUUACAUUAUGCUGCUGCACGCCUGAGUUUAAAGCUCAUUCACCUCCUGGUUCAAUAUGGCGCCAAUUUUAAGGCCCGUGGGAUGAGCAAUUUGACUCCGCUCCGUAUCGCUGCUUCCCAUGGCCACAUUGAUGUGGCAGAGUACCUUCUUGAACAUGGUGCAAAUCCGUCGGCAAAGGCUAGGUUUAACGAAACACCUUUGCAUCUAGCAUGUGAGAGUGGAUGUGUUGAAAUUGUGAGACUAUUUGUUGAUAAGUACAAUGCUGAUAUUCAAGCAAGGAAUUUAAUGCGAUGGAGCCCCCUUAUCUUUGCAAUGAAUGAAGCAGUGCCUCUAGGUAGCCGCAAAGAAAUUAUCGAGUUUUUGCUAUCCAGGGGCGCUGAUAUCCAUGACACCACGACUCACGGUUGGACUGUUCUUCAUCGGUCUAUCGUGUCCGACGAUCCAUUACUGGUUGAAUUUAACCUUCAAAGGGGUGGGAAAGACCAAAUCGAAGCCAAAGCUUUCAGCGGCCGUCGAAAGUCCCAUUUUACGCCUGACUUUCUAUUGAAUAAUAUCGACACCCCUCCGAAGUUCCCAAACCAACUAGGGCUGUGGGAUCGUCCUGUAUCCGAUCAAACUCCUCUCCACUGGGCAGCGGAACGAUGUGUCAAGGAAAUAAUACAACUACUUCUAGACCACGGAGCGGAUAUCAAUGCGCAGGACGGCUUAGGAAGAACACCCUUGAUGCGAUGCAUUCAAACUAUGGACGAGUCGCGUUGCCUUGAGCGAGACGUUAUUUGUGAUGCGGUUAGUGUCCUGUUUGAUCGCAUGCCUGACUUGGAUAUCAAAGAUAAGGAAGGAAAGACAGCAAAGGACUGGGCAUCGAGUCUAGGCUGGGAAUUUGACUGGGUAACUCGCGAGGGGCUAUACGUAAAUACACCGCCGCUUAAAGAUCAAGAUGACCCGUCUGGGCGACGCUCACUACCUCACCAAUGGGGGUACAGAUCCUGGGGUAAUAACGCUUUCAUGAUAAUGAAGAUGUUUCGGCAACUAUCUUGA